UAGGCCACGCCCACGGCGCUAAGCCACGCCCCUCUCCGGCUGCCGCGGGGCCCGGCCGAGUGUCCGAGUGUCCGUGGGGCUGUCCGUGGGGCUGUCCGUGUGUCCGUGGGGCUGUCCGAGCGUCCGUGGGGCUGUCCGUGUGUCCGUGGGGCUGUCCGAGUGUCCGUGGGGCUGUCUGUGUGUCCGAGUGUCCGUGGGUCCGGCCAGGUGUCCGUGGGGCUGUCCCAGUGUCCGUGUGUCCGUGGGUCCGGCCGGGCUCUGACCGAGUGACCGAGUGUCCGUGGGUCCGGCCGGGUGUCCGUGGGUCCGGCCGGAGGAGCAGCCGCGUGUCCGAGCAGCGCCCGAGCGGCCGCAGAGUUCAGGUGUCUGUCUGUCCGUGUGCCCAUGGCGCUGGCGGAGCCGGAGCGGUCAGUGGCCGGAGUGGCCGGAGUGGCCGGAGGCGGCCGGCCGCUGUUCUGCCGCCGGGGGGCGCUGCGGCACAAGGUGGUGCACGAGGUGAAGAGUCACCGCUUCACGGCGCGCUUCUUCAAGCAGCCCACCUUCUGCAGCCACUGCACCGACUUCAUCUGGGGCAUCGGCAAACAGGGCCUGCAGUGCAUGGUUUGCAGUUUCGUGGUUCACAAACGCUGCCACGAAUUCGUCACCUUCGAAUGCCCCGGGGCCGGGAAGGGACCCCAGACUGACGACCCGCGGAACAAGCACAAGUUCAAGGUGCACAGCUACAGCAGCCCCACCUUCUGCGACCACUGCGGCUCGCUGCUCUACGGCCUCGUGCACCAGGGCAUGAAGUGCUCCUGCUGUGAGAUGAACGUGCACAAGCGCUGUGUGCAGAGCGUUCCCAGCCUGUGCGGGGUCGAUCACACCGAGAGGAGGGGGCGCCUCCAGAUUCGCAUCCAGGCGCUGCCCGGGGAGCAGCUCCACGUCACAGUGGGGGAAGCGCGGAACCUGAUCCCGAUGGAUCCCAACGGGCUCUCGGAUCCCUACGUGAAGCUGAAGCUGAUCCCAGACCCCAAGAACGUCUCCAAGCAGAAAACGCGGACGGUGAAGGCGACGCUGAACCCGGUGUGGAACGAGGCCUUCCUCUUCACGCUGCGGCCCGGGGACGCGGAGCGGCGCCUCUCGGUCGAGGUCUGGGACUGGGACCGGACGUCGCGCAACGACUUCAUGGGCGCCAUGAGCUUCGGCGUGGCCGAGCUGCUCAAGGGCCACGUGGACGGAUGGUGGGGUCAAGCUGCUGAACAGGAGGAGGGCGAAUAUUACAACGUCCCCGUGGCCGACACCGACGACUGCGGCCUCAGGCCAAAAUUCGAGGCUUGCAAUUAUCCUCUGGAGCUGUACGAGAAAGUGCGGCGGGGGCCGGGCCCCUCCCCCCCCCCGGGCCCCUCCCCCCUCCCCUCCCCCACCGAGCCCAAGCGGAGCCUCCCGGGCAGCGGCCGCUCCCAGCUGGGGACUUCACCUUCCUCAUGGUGCUGGGCAAGGGCAGCUUCGGCAAGCUGGGUGACUUCACACUUCCUCAUGGUGCUGGGUAAGGGCAGCUUCGGCAAGCUGGGGGACUUCACCUUCCUGAUGGUGCUGGGUAAGGGCAGCUUCGGCAAGGUGAUGCUGGCGGAGCGGCGGGGCUCGGCCGAGCUCUUUGCCAUCAAGAUCCUGAAGAAGGACGUGGUGGUGCAGGACGACGACGCCGCCUCCACCCUGGUGGAGAGGAGGGUGCUGGCCCUGGGGCCCCGCCCCCACUUCCUGACACACCUGCACUCCACCUUCCAGACCCCCGACCGGCUGUACUUUGUGAUGGAGUACGUCACCGGGGGCGACCUCAUGUACCACAUCCAGCAGGUCGGCAAGUUCAAGGAGCCCCACGCGGCGUGAGUGAGCCAAAAUCCA